AUGCGGGAUCCAGUCCCUCGGGACGGGGCGGCGGGGGCCGGCCACCGCCAGCGGGACGGGGCGGCGGGGGCCGGCCACCGCCAGCGGGACGGGGGCGGCGGGGGCCGGCCACCGCCAGCGGGACGGGGCGGCGGGGGCCGGCCACCGCCAGCGGGACGGGGCGGCGGGGGCCGGCCACCGCCAGCGGGACGGGGCGGCGGGGGCCGGCCACCGCCAGCGGGACGGGGCGGCGGGGGGGCCGGCCACCGCCAGCGGACGGGGCGGCGGGGGCCGGCCCUCGCCAGCGGGAGGGGGCGGCGGGGGGCCGGCCUCCGCCAGCGGGAGGGGGCGGCGGGGGCCGGCCCCCGUCAGAGGGAGGGGGCUGAGGGGGCCGGCCCCCGGGAGCGGGAGGGGGCGGCGGGGGCCGGCCCCCGUGAGCCGGAGGGGGCGGCGGGGGGCCGGCCCCCGGGAGCCGGAGGGGGCGGCGGGGGCCGGCCCCCGGGAGCCGGAGGGGGCGGCGGGUGCCGGCCCCCCGGGACGGGGGCGGCGGGGGCCGGCCACCGCCAGCGGGACGGGGCGGCGGGGGCCGGCCACCGCCAGCGGGACGGGGCGGCGGGGGCCGGCCACCGCCAGCGGGACGGGGCGGCGGGGGCCGGCCACCGCCAGCGGGACGGGGCGGCGGGGGCCGGCCACCGCCAGCGGGACGGGGCGGCGGGGGCCGGCCACCGCCAGCGGGACGGGGCGGCGGGGGCCGGCCACCGCCAGCGGGAGGGGGCGGCGGGG